GCGCGGGGGCUGGCGCGCGCCGGGCUCGCGGGUUUCGGGGGGCGGCGCCGGCCAGCCAGUGCGGCGCGAGGCGGGAGUCGCGCCUCCUGCGUCGCCCCCGGGCUAGCGCCGACCCGGCCCCUGCGCCCCGCGGCGGGGCUGCCCGGCCCCGCGACCCGCGCCCCUCCCGGGUGGUAGCGGGCGCGCGGCGGAGGGAGCGCGCGCUGGCGGCGGCGGCGGCGGCCCGUCCCCUCCCCCUCCCCCUCCCGCCGCCGCGCACAGCUCGGGGAGCAGCCGGGGGCUCGGCGGCGGCGGCGGCGGCGGCGUCUGGCCCCGGCUCCUCCUCCUCCUCCUCCUCGGCCUCCUCCUCCUCGUCCGCCUCCCACUCCUCCACCUCCACCACCUCCUCCUCCAUCGCCUCCUCGCUCCCUCCGUCCGCGGCGGUUAUGGCCCGUCGCCGGAGCACAAAAGCGUCUCGGCCGUGGAGGUCUGCGUGGGUCCUGCUGCUCCUCGCCGGAGUGCACGGAAACGGUGCUCUUGCAGAACAUUCAGAAAAUGUGCAUAUUUCAGGAGUGACAACUGCUUGUGGAGAGACUCCAGAACAAAUCCGAACACCGAGCGGGGUCAUCACCAGCCCCGGCUGGCCCUCAGAAUAUCCCGUCCGAGUCAACUGCAGCUGGUUCAUCCGGGCAAAUCCGGGGGACAUCAUCACUAUCAGCUUUCAGGAUUUCGACAUUCAGGGCUCCAGAAGAUGCAGUUUGGACUGGCUGACGAUAGAAACGUACAAGAACAUUGAGAGUUACAGAGCCUGUGGAUCCACCCUCCCGCCGCCCUAUAUUUCCUCCCAAGACCAUGUGUGGAUCCGGUUCCACUCAGAUGACACCGUCUCGAAGAAGGGCUUCCGGCUGGCGUACUUCUCAGGGAAAGCCGAGGAGCCCAAUUGUGCAUGUGACCAGUUCCGCUGCGGCAAUGGCAAGUGCAUCCCCGAGGCCUGGAAGUGCAACAGCAUGGACGAAUGCGGGGACAGCUCAGAUGAGGAGGUCUGCGCCCGGGCCGCUGCCGAGCCGCCCACCGCCGCCGCCUUCCAGCCCUGCGCCUACAACCAGUUCCAGUGCCUGUCGCGCUUCACCAAGGUCUACACCUGCCUCCCCGAGGCCCUCAAGUGCGACGGCAACAUCGACUGCCUGGACCUGGGCGACGAGAUCGACUGCGACGUGCCCACGUGCGGCCAGUGGCUCAAGUACUUCUACGGCACCUUCAGCUCGCCCAACUACCCGGACUUCUACCCGCCAGGCAGCAACUGCACGUGGCUCAUCGACACGGGCGACCACCGCAAGGUCAUCCUGCGCUUCACGGACUUCAAGUUGGACGGCACGGGCUACGGCGACUACGUGAAAGUCUACGACGGCCUGGAGGAAAACCCGCACCGCCUGCUGCGCGCGCUGACGGCCUUCGAUGCCCACGCGCCGCUCACCGUGGUGUCCUCGUCCGGCCAGGUCCGCGUGCACUUCUGCGCCGACAAGGUGAACGCCGCGCGGGGCUUCAACGCCACCUACCAGGUGGACGGCUUCUGCCUGCCCUGGGAGAUCCCCUGUGGCGGCAACUGGGGCUGCUACACGGAGCAGCAGCGCUGCGACGGCUACUGGCACUGCCCCAACGGGCGCGACGAGGUCAACUGCACCGUGUGCCAGAAGGAAGAGUUCCCCUGCUCGCGCAACGGCGUCUGCUACCCGCGCUCGGACCGCUGCAACUACCAGAACCACUGCCCCAACGGCUCCGACGAGAAGAACUGCUUCUUCUGCCAGCCUGGCAACUUCCACUGCAAGAACAACCGCUGCGUCUUCGAGAGCUGGGUGUGCGACUCGCAGGACGACUGCGGCGACGGCAGCGACGAGGAGAACUGCCCCGUCAUCGUGCCUACCCGCGUCAUCACCGCCGCCGUCAUCGGCAGCCUCAUCUGCGGCCUGCUGCUGGUCAUCGCGCUGGGCUGCACCUGCAAGCUCUACUCCCUGAGGAUGUUCGAGCGCAGAUCAUUUGAAACGCAGUUGUCAAGAGUGGAAGCAGAACUGUUGAGAAGAGAAGCUCCUCCUUCCUACGGACAGUUGAUUGCUCAGGGCUUGAUUCCACCAGUUGAAGAUUUUCCUGUUUGUUCACCUAACCAGGCCUCCGUUCUGGAAAACCUGCGGCUGGCGGUCCGCACCCAGCUGGGCUUCACGUCCAUCCGGCUCCCCAUGGGCGGCCGCUCCAGCAACAUCUGGAACCGCAUCUUCAACUUCGCGCGUUCCCGCCACUCGGGCUCCCUGGCCCUGGUGUCCGCCGACGGGGAGGAAGUGGCCGCGGGUCCGGGCGCCGGCCGGGACGCGGACAGAGGCCACGCGCACCGCAGCCUGUUCUCCGUGGAGUCGGAUGACACCGACACGGAGGCCGAGCGGAGAGAUGCGGCCGGCGCGGCCGGCGGGGUGGCGGCGCCGCUGCCGCAGAAGGUGGCCCCGACGGCGGCCGUGGAAGCCACCGCGGCGGCGAGCGGCCCAGCGGCGGCCUCGACGCCCGCCGCGGUGGCCACGACGGCGUCCAGCGCCCGCGCGGGCGGCCCCGAGAGCGGCCGGGAGGCGGCGCCGACGGCCCCCACGCCGACGACAGCGACAGCCGAGCCCCGGAGCAGCGCGAGCCCCGCGCGGCGGCAGCUCAGCAGCGCGCUCCGCCGCGUGACUCGGGGGCUGCGCUGGGUGCGCUGCACGCUCGGGCGCGCGGGGGGCGCGGGGGGCGCCGGCGCGGCGGCCGCGACGGCCACGGGCGGCCAGGGCCGGAGCCCCUUGAGACAGCUGGGCCCCGGGGCGCACGGCAGGGAGGACGACGACGACGUGGAGCUGCUCAUCCCCGUCGCCGACGCCGACGGCGCGCCGGACUCGGACGCCCACGACUGCGCGCGGCCGCUGCUGGACCUGGCCCCGGAGCCCGCGCCCGCCGCCCCCCGGCCCGGCCCCGCCGCGCCCCCGGCCGGCGCGCCCCCGCACCCCGGGCCGUGCGAGCACUGCGGCAUGGUGCACACGGCGCGGAUCCCAGACUCGUGCCUCCUGCACGGCGGCCCCAAGGGCGAGACGAGCGACGACGAGGCGUUGUUACUGUGCUAGUGGGAGAUGCAGGGGCGCGGCCCCGCACCCCGCGCCCGCGC